AUGGGAUUAAAGCCUCUUGACUUGGAUGCAGCAGUGGUAUCUAAUAUUCCUCUCGCAAUUACUGCACCGACAACUUCGAUGUCUGAGGGUGCCCCCUCCAUGUCUAGGCCUUAUCCUCAACAAAAGAAAUCCUUGAGGAUGCUAAAACGUGGGAAGAAAUGGUCAUUGAGCUAUGCAGAUAUGUUGAAAGCACUUGAUACGCCCAAGGAUCAAGAGAGGGUGAAGAAAAUGGAUAUCUUCAAUUUCAAGGUGGUGUGCUCUAGAACUGGAAAGGGAGAGGCAUACCAAUAUUCUUUUCAUAAUACUUUGCCUGUGAAAUCUAUGUUUGAUGUUGGGUUGGGGAAGUCCAUAGGGGAUUUGAAGGAGCUUUUGUUCCAGAGCGACACCUCCAUUGUUGGUGUGCAUUGUAUGGGCGGUGGUGGAAAAACGAGUUUGGCAUUGACUUUAUGUGAUGAUCCCAAUAUCAAAGGUUGUUUCAGAAAUAUAGUUUUCAUCACUGUUUCACAAUCCCCAAAUCUGAAGGGAAUUUUAGAGACAAUAUGGGAGAAGAUCUUUAGGAGGAAUGUACCUGAGUUUCAGAAUGUGGAAGAUGCACAUAUACAGCUUCAACAACAGCUUUUAAAGCAAUCCAAGCCAACGCUGGUGGUGUUAGAUGAUGUUUGGUCCAGAGCUAAUUUGGAGAAAUUACUAUUUGAGGCUCGUGGGUACAAAACCCUUGUCACAACCAGAGACGGUUCUAUCAUCCCCAGAAACCCCUAUAAUCGGCUAUAUCAAUUGCCAUUGUUGAACAAAGAGGAUGCUCUCUCACUUUUCUGCUUGUCAUUAUUUGGACAGACAUCAAUUCCAAGUACGACAGAUGCAAAUCUAGUCAUAGAGGUGCAAGAAGAAUGCAAGGGUUUACCUCUUGCUCUUAAAGUAGUAGGAAGUUCUUUGUACGGGGAACCGCAUGUGGCCUGGGAGAAUGCAAAGAAAAUACUUUCCCUGGGAGAAUCACUAUCCUCAUAUCACAGCGAAGGGGUUUUUAGAUGCUUGGAAACCAGUAUUGAUUGCUUGGAUGAUGUUGGGAGGGAAUGUUUCUUAGAUUUGGGGUUAUUUCCAAAGGAAAAGAAAAUUUGUGCUGAUGCACUGCUGGACAUUUGGGUUUAUGUUCCGAAGAUGGAGUGGGAGGAUGCCUAUAUUAUGUUACUGGGACUUGCAAGAAGAAAUCUUCUGAAUCUAUCAAACAAUCAAGGGAAGGAGCAUGGCCUAUCAGAAGAAUGGGAUUUGCUUAGAGAGAGACAGGUCAAUGCUCAAAUUGUGUCUAUUCACACAGGUUCUAUGGCUGAGAAUGACUGGUAUGAGAUGAAUCUUCCAGAAACAGAGGCUCUGGUGUUACACUUUUCUGCAAGCGAAUAUUUUCUUCCUCCAUUUCUGAAAACUAUGAAAAAACUCAAAGUUUUGAUUGUAUGUAAUUUGGGUUCAGAGAGGGCCACAAUAAAAGGUCUAGAUGCCUUAUCUUCACUCACUCAACUCAGAAGUGUUUGCUUGGAGAGGUUGGUUGCACCCACUAUUCCCAAACAGGGCAAAGUUAUCCAAAACUUAGACAAACUUUCUCUAAGCUUAUGCGAAGGAUUUGUUAAAAUGUCUACAUUCAAUGACACCAAGCUGCAAGAGUUUAACUUGGACCACUGCAGCGACUUGGAGGAAUUGCCCCUUGCAAUGUGUCACAUGCCCUCUUCUCAGAGCUGGUCUUUUACCAACUGCCAUCUGGUUGAAAAGUUGCCAUAUAAUAUCGGAAAUAUGAGUUUUCUAAGGAUGUUAAGAUUAUUAGCAUUACCAGGCCUGAAAGAGCUUCCGGCAUCAAUUGGAAAACUUGAGCAGCUGGAAUUUCUAGAUAAAGCAAGUUUAGGUGAAACUUUUUGCAAUCCAGAAGGCAAUCCUCUAUAG